AUGGGACUCGAUCAGGUAAGUACUCUGUAUCAUGUUGUUCUCCUAGUUGUCUUUGGUUUUCCCUUUCAGGUUCCCCCCUUGGAUCAGGUAAGUGUCUGUCCACAUCAUUUUGUAUUUGUGGUUGUCCUUGACUUUCCCUUGCAGGUUCUCUCACAGGAUCAGGUAAGUGUUUGUCUUUCCCCACAGGUUGAUGGACUUAAUCAGGUAAGGAUUCUUCCUCACUCUGUCUUUCCUCCAUUACAGGGACAUUCAUUGGUUCUCUUUGACUUGAGGUUGGUUCUUGGAAGGAAUCUUCCCAUUCUUCCCUGUUCAAAGGCAGUCUUAGCCAAUAGCCUCCAGUGCUCUGUUCAUCACCUGAAUCCUCUGAGUUGUUACUCUCGUGCAUCUGCUGCUCUGCGUCACUGGCUCUUGAAUACCUUCUCCUCUGUCUUUUCGCAGGUGCUGAGUUCACUGGGUCAGGAGGAGUUUCAACUGGUAGGUCGCUAACAGGUAACAACAGAUUACGAUGCAGGGUUCUUGUUUUCCUUGUCUCCACUUUCCUGAUAUACGACAUACACAGGAUUAUCUGAUACCUGUUCUUUGACUAAGUAUAUGGCUUUAUCCCAGUACGAUCUUAGCUUGCCAGGACCUCCUCGUUCACUGAGGUUCCUCACGAGUACUCCAGGUUGCAGGACAGAUCCUUUCAUCUUUUGGUCAUAAUAUGAUUUUCCCCUGACGCUUGACUGCUUGCAAUGUGGUAAGCUUCAGACAUUCUCUUGGCCCACUUCUGUGCGUAACCUUUGGGUGUGAUUGAGUCUGUUUCUUCCAUCAACCUGAACAGCAGAUCAACUGGCAGGCGUGGAUGAUGGCCAAAGAGCAGAUAAUAUGGCGAAUAGCCGGUGGCCUCAUGCCGGGUACAAUUGUACGUUUGAAUCAUUUGCGGUAGAUGGUCUUUCCAGCGCUCUUUUUCUCUGUCUGCCAGCGUCCUCAACAUUUGAAGUAGAGUGCAGUUAAACCUCUCUGCUGGGUUACCUUGUGGGUGGUAUGGCGACGUUCUGGAAUGUCCAACUCCUGAGAGUUUCUGCAACGCCUGAAACAGGUCAUUCUCAAAUUCCUGGCCCUGGUCAUGAUGCAGUUUGGCCGGAUAACCAAAACGUGGGAUGAAGUCGUUCCAAAUGCGUUCUGCUGUGUGACCUGACUUAUUCCUUGUGGCAUAUGCCUGCGCAAAUCGUGGGAAGUGGUCAAUUCAUCAAGAUGUAUUGGUAAGCUCCCUUGCUGGUCUCAAGGUGUAGGUAAUCAAUGCAAAUGAGUUGUGGAGGGAAGCUUGUAGUUAUACUGCCCAUGGGAGCACGCAUGUGAGUGACUGGUUUCUUCUGCUUGAGGCAUACACACUUCCUGGUGACGUAAUCCUCAAUCUCUCUCUUCAUAUAAGGCCAGUAAAAUCGCUCUCUAGCCAGAUUGAGUACUCGCUCCGUGCCAACAUGCCCCAUCUCAUCAUGAAGAUGUUUCAACGCCAAUGGUCUGAAUUUUGCAGGCAGGACAAGCUGGUGUCUGGAGUCAGUCCGUCUGUACAGAAGCUCAUUCUCCAAGUGUAGCUUACUCCACUUAUGUAAGAGUUUUUUCAUGCAUUGGCUGUUUUCCGCAUCUCCUCGGUAAGUGCUGUACUUGUCUCCUUGAACUUCACUACCCCGCCAAUAGCAGGGUCCUCCUGCUGUGCUCUCACCAGCUCAUUGUGACUUAUCGUUGACAGGAGUGUAGGUGGCUGUUGUUCAGUGUUCAGAGAAGAGAUGUCCAGGGCAGCAAUCCAAGCCACAUCUUUCUUCAGCGCCGCUUUGUUUCCCUCCCAUGUGGCAGACACCACAUCUUGGGCUAGCUCCUCCGUGCGAGCAGGCAUGUAUCUGUGGAUGUCUAGCAGGAUUGUCGACAGUGUAUCUGCGUCAAUGUUUAUCUUCCCAGGCCAGUACUUCACAUCAAAACGAAAAUCAGACAGUUCCCCUACCCACCGAUGCCCCACUGCAUUUAGCUUGGCACUGCUCAUGAUGUACCUGAGCAGGUUAUUGUCUGUGUUAAUCUUGAAGUGAGGGGUGUAGUACAGGUAAUCCCUGAAUUUUUCGCACACUGCCCAUUUCAAGGCGAGAAACUCCAACUUCCCACUGUGUAGAUUGUAGUUUCUCUCUGCCGGAGAUUAUGUUCUUGACCUGUACCCGAUGACUAGCUCAUUUUUAGCAUUUGGUGGGUCUGGUGAUGGCAACUCAGCGACUGUCUUUCUCUGCCCAUGUCUCUGCUUUGUACAGGCUACCAAGGGAGAGAGACCUGGUGAGUGUUUUGUUUUAGUUGUGUCCUCUGUAUUGGUCUGGCUGUCUUGGGCAUCACCGGGUUGGGGCCGUUGGUGUCCGGUCACUGGCUGCCCCCCUGCAGUGACCGGCUCCAGUUUCCCUGAUUCUUCUGCCUUUUCAGGCAACCCACAGCCCGGCGACCUUCUUCACCACAGACAAAGCAAUGGCGACAGUGUGACAGGCCCUGCUCCACACAUUUAGGGCAACCACUGGUCCACUCUCUUCCAGCAGUCGUCGGUUUCCUCUGUGAACAGUGGCACGACUGUUCAGGUGUUCGUACCUGUGUAGGUUGUUUCAGUGAGACAACUACUUUGGUAAGUGCCUCAAUUUUUGCUGACAGUUGUUAAAUAAUGUCCAUUCCAACCGCACUCUCGGCGUUCUGUUGCUUGGCACCUUCAGCUUGUGCUGCAUUUGCCUCUAGCUGUGCACUGUGGGCUUUGGUUUGGUUUUGGCGAUGUGUUGUGCCAAACCUCCAUAGCCUCUCACUCUCUUCACUGGUUAUUCUCAUCACAUGUCUGAGGAUCACUUCAUCUUUAAUAUUAUGGUCUGUGAGGAGGGGCUUUAGCUCCCUUCGGAUAUCAUUGUGUCUGUGUCCCAGCCCCUGAUAUACGGUGUGUAAGAAAAUGUCUUGGACAGUUGUUCUGCUGUACUUAAUGUUUGCAUCAGGGAGGCUGGAUGUGAACAGUAUCCUCUGUUUCAGUCCCAUUACUCUGUAAAGGAACUGCUGGGGCGUUUCACUGUCGUUUUGUUUUGCACACAUCAGCUCCUGAAACAGUUCAGUGCUAUCCUUUUCUCUGAGGUGGGACUGUAAAAACCCUUUAAGCUCUUCCACAGUUACAUCAUCUUUGUUGAUCAACAUAUCCAUGAAGCUGCCUGGUUUAAUUAGCCUGAGCACAGACCUGACAAUUUCGGAGUCACUGAAACCCUCUUGAAUUCCUUCAUUGAUCUGUCGACACACAUUACUGUAGGUGAUGUCUGAUGUGGGUGUCACACAGGACUUCUACAACUAGGAUAAAGUGACAUAGUCCAGGACCCGAGGUCAACAGUUUAGCGAUGGCGCUACAACACGCUACAGCAGGUCCGUUUGACAAGAAACACUUCCGUUACAGACACUUGUCUUACUUUGUUAAAGCGGUUUACCUGUCCAGCAGAAAGGUUACAGGGUCACCAAGAUCCCCAAGUGUCCCCCACCGUUUAUGUUGACCUGGCUUUUUAGCUCUUGUUCGGUCUUCCUCCGUUUUAAGCGCCCGUUAUUCCUCUAGAGUCUCUGGUAUUUACUUUGUUUGGCAGUCGUGGCCAAAGGAGGAUUCAGACAAUUUUCCGUACUUUCUGGUUGGUUUCUACCAAGGUGGGGGAAAAUCCUUAUGUUGUAAGUCCAAGUCGAGUCUCAAGUCUUGGCUCUCAAGUCCGAGGCAAGUCCAAGUCCUUUGCUCUCAAGUCUCGAGUCAAGUCCAAGUCACCACCGAUAAGUCUCAAGUCAAGUCCAAGUCCUUACCGUUUCUUCCAAGUGAAAAACAAAUCAUAUCAAAGCCAUCAACCAUUUGUUAUAUCUAAAGAUUUACAUAAAUCAUGAGCAUUUUUCACUAUUUGCAUUUAUUAUUAAACAAGGGUUCUUGUUUGUGUUACAUAGUGCAGCUUUAACCAAACUAUUUUACAUGUCAUACAAAAAAUAAUCAGAUAAACUUCAAUAAUUGGAAACUUAGACAAUGUGCACAAAAAUAAGGAAGACUCAAAUACAAUUAAACAUUAAACUGAUACUCUAAUUCACUGUUCCAAAGCAAAACAAAAGAGAGACACAAGGCAACACGUGGAAACAGGCGGGCAAUACUAGCGAGCGAUUUAUGUUCAGUCCUCCCGGUGUUGUUAUGUGGGAGGCUAGAGUUUGAGACAGUUUUGCCAAGUUUCGUGAGAGAAAUAAGGAAACAGACCUCCAGAAACAAGCCAAAAACAAGCAACAUUUUUUUGCGGGAAAUAAGCAGACUUGGCAACACAACACAGUGUUACCAACGACUGUAAUUACUGACUAUUAGUUGAUGCGACACUUUUUAAAUGGUUUGGGCUUGCUAUAAGGUAUUAAGUGACUUGAAAAGACUUGACUUGACUUUUCAAGUCACUGGGCUCAAGUCAAGUCUCAAGUCUUUAGCAACCAAGUCCCAAGCAAGUCCAAGUCAUUUCUUGAUCAUCAAGCAAGUCAAAAACGGGACUCAAGUCCAAGUCAAGUCUCAAGUCGAGUCGUCAAGCCCCCACCUAUGGUUUCUACUGUCCGAUAUUGUAGCACGCUAACUUUGCUCCUGAACGACAUGGGGGAGCAGCGUCUGCCUCACAACCAAUCAGGUUAGAGGAGGCGGAGAACGGCUUUGUUUACAGUCAGAAAGAGCGGACCGCUCAAAAAUGUUCAAAUGUUGACUACACAGACAUAAGAGAACACAGAGAUAUCCUUAUAUUACCAAAUGUCAUCAAUAACUAAUAACUAUUGACUGAUAUUCAAAGAUUUUUUGUAAAUACGCCACAAAAAAAGAUGCUUCUUUAAUGGAUUCCUGCCUACCCCACCUUUAAGUCAUGUGUCAUUAUUCGCUGAGGUGUUCGAGGUUGGCUCAAUGUAGCGGGUCCCAGCUAGGCUGUUAGCAGAUAGAUAAUCCUGGACAGGAGUGCUGGAAACACGGAAGAGUAAUAAGUGAAACAGGAACAUGACUGCUCAUUCUCCAAGUCCAACGGAUUAUAUUUAUUCUCACAUUUUUAACCUUUUCACUGCAACAAUGAAUUAUAUCUGUUAUUCUGUCUGCAUUAAAGCACUGGUAUAAACCACAUUUAGAUAACAUUCACAUGAAAUGUAUAUUUUUCUCAGUCUUCAAGAAAUAAACUCAAUAAAAUGAACAAUUUCCUUUGUAUUAAACCCAAGAUGAACAUUUUCCCUUGUAAUCAUGUCAUAUGUCUAUCACUAAUCAUGUAAUCUACUACCAAUCAUGUAUACACUUUUAUCUCAAACACACAUCUUCUGUAUCUCUUAAUGAAAGAGUAUUUUCUUUACCUGUACCUAAAGUACAUUAAGUAGAGGGCUUCCGGGUUGGCACAUGGAGUAGUCACACGCACGCGAGAUCGCUCUCCCAGACAAACCGCAAUUUAUACCCAAGAGUAAUUUAAAAUUCAAUAUUGUUUGAUAAAAAACUUAGAUGGAUUGGGGAAGGACACGCCGAAACCAAAAAAACGACGAAAAAGAGCCUCCAAAACAGAAAAACACGACGACAGCCAGAGACAGCAGCGGUAAAGUGGACCAGGACAACAUGGCGCCUGCGGACAUAAUUAAGGCAAUCAACGAUCUAAAAACGGAUCUAAAAGGCGACAACAACACUCUGCGACAAGAAAUCACACAUCUUGGACAAGAAAUCAACGGUAAACUGGAUAUGCUGGGGGCAGAAGUCCAUAACCUAUCGGACCGAGUGGAGGAGGCAGAGUAG